CUCCGCUCUAGACCGCGGUGCCCUCUGGGAACUGUAGUUUAUGCUUCCCUGAUUCUAGCACACUAACUCGUUUUCUUCAAGAAUUGAACUACACUUCCCGAGGUCAGAGAGUCUUCUCACGACCUUCUAUCUCCGCACCACGCCGACUGAAAAGUAGUCCCCUAAGGCAACCUGGCGUGAUUGGAGAAGCGGCGCUAAUCUGAUGGUUUGGACUCAGGAGGAAAGGGUUGCUUGAUGGCGCUCAGCAAGUGGAGAGAGUAGAGUCAGACCUCUUAGCUACAUCACCCAUGUGUGCGCAAUUGAGACUUUAUCCUCCCCCAAGGGUAAAUGUGGAGGUGUUGAGACCUUCCGCCACGUACAGCCUGCUUGACCCGGAAAGAAAAUCUUUCAAAAAAAUUAUUCGCACACCGGAGAGGCGGGAGGAAUUGACGUGUCAGGAAGACUGCACGGCUUCUUCUGUUGCUAAGCAACUAGGCAAGCGAGCAGUCGCAAGCAAACGAGGUUGUGGAGGGGUACCUAAAGAAUCAGUGGGUGCAGUUCCUGUGAGACUCAGAAGACCAGGACAGAGAUUCCUUCUUCCAUCAGAUGUCUUUUUGCUUGACUGAACUGCACCUGUGGUCUUUGAAGAAUACCUUACACAUUGCGGAUACAGAUAUUGGGAUAUACCAGUAUUAUGACAAGAAUGAUCAACCAGCAACAGAGCAUGGUAACUUAGAAGAAAAGCAGAAACUGGCAGAAUCACGAGAUUAUCCGUGGACUCUCAAAAACAGACGCCCAGAAAAACUUAGAGACUCACUGAAGGAGCUGGAGGAGCUGAUGCAAAACAGUCAGUGUGUGCUGAGCAAAUGGAAGAACAAAUAUGUCUGUCAGCUCCUCUUUGGUUCAGGUGUGCUGGUGUCCCUAAGCCUUUCUGGGCCACAGCUGGAGAAAGUGGUGAUUGACAGAAGCCUGGUGGGAAAGCUCAUCUCAGACACCAUCAGUGAUGCUCUUCUCACAGACAGCUUUAUCAUCUUUUCAUUUUUGGCACAAAACAAACUAUGUUUUAUUCAGUUUACCAAGAAGAUGGGUUCUCCUGGUAUAAACAAAAGAUUGGAAAAACUCUCAGCUUUGGAUUAUAAGAUUUCCUAUCAUGAAAUACCUGGCCCAGUCAACAGGACAACAGCACGGCGUCUGGCUAUCAACCGUGCUCAGGAUACAGUUGUUUGCUGGUGGCCACUGGUCAGUGAUGAUGCUUGGCCAUGGACCCCCAUCUCUGCUGAGAAGGACAGAGCCAAUCUUCUGCUGCUGGGUUAUGCUCAAGGAAGACUGGAGGUUCUGAGUUCUGUCCGCACAGAACAGGAUCCCCUGGAUGUUCGCUUUGGUGCCAGACAGACUUGCCAGGUGUUGACAGUGGAGCACUCCAUCAGUGUAGACAAAGAGCCCAUGGCUGACAGCUGCAUCUAUGAAUGUGUUCGGAACAAAAUUCAGUGUGUCUCAGUCACCAGAAUACCACUAAGAUCCAAGGCCAUUAGCUGCUGCAGGAAUGUUACUGAAGACAAACUGAUUCUGGGCUGUGAAGAUUCUUCAGUAAUUCUUUAUGAAACUCAUCGUAGAGUGACUCUCUUAGCCCAAGCUGAACUUUUGCCUUCAAUAAUAAGCUGCCACCCAAGUGGCACCAUUCUGCUAGUUGGCAGCAACCAAGGAGAGCUGCAAAUUUUUGAUAUGGCUCUGUCCCCUAUUAACAUCCAGCUCUUGGCUGAAGACCGCUCACCCAAGGAGACUCUACAGUUCAAAAAUUUUUUUGAUGUUUCCAGCAGUCUUGUUCAAAUGCAGUGGGUGGCUCCUCAGGUUGUUUCUCAGAAGCCUGAAAGUGGGGACAUCUAUAAUCUCCUCUUCCUCAGGUUUGACAGAGGACCGUUGGGUGUACUUUUGUUUAAACUUGGUAUCUUCACGCAAGGACAGCUGGGCCUGGUAGACAUCAUCUUCCAGUACAUUCACUAUGAUGAGAUCUAUGAGGCGAUAAACAUCCUGAGCAGUAUGAACUGGGACACUCUGGGCCACCAGUGCUUUAUCAGCAUGAGUGCCAUUGUGAACCAUCUUCUUAGACAAAAGCUCACUCCAGAGAGAGAAGCACAGCUUGAGGCAAGCCUUGGAACCUUCUACGCUCCAACAAGACCACUCCUGGAUAAAACUGUAUUGGAAUACAGAGACCAAAUCAGCAAAUAUGCAAGGAGAUUCUUCCACCACUUGCUCAGGUACCAGAGAUUUGAAAAGGCAUUUUUGUUAGCUGUUGACAUUGGUGCUCGAGACCUGUUUAUGGACAUCCAUUACCUUGCACUAGAUAAGGGUGAAUUGGCACUAGCUGAAGUGGCAAGAAAAAGAGCUAGCGACAUUGAUGCAGAAUCAAUAACCUCUGGAGCUGGGAAAAAGAAAGAGGAACAUUGACGUGAGAAAAACAUCUAUUGGCUGCCUCCUGUACACAGAACUGCAACACCUGUAGACAGGUGCCCUGACCGGAAAUCAAACCCAUGACCCUUUUGGUUUAUGGAACAAUGCUCCAACCAAACCAUAGAGGCCAUGGCACAUUUACUGAUUUCAGAGAGAGAGAGAGAGAAAAAAAUCAAUGUAAGAGAGAAAUAUCAAUCACCUGCCUCCUGUAUGCACCCCAACCAUGGAUUGAAUUAGGUAUGUGCCCUGACUGGGAAUCGCAUGCACAACCUUUCAUGUAUACCAGGAUGAUGCCCCAACCAAAUGAGCCACCUGUCCAGGGCAGUUAUGAUUGCUUUCUGAUGACAACACUUUAUUGCAGCAAAUAAAAUCAGGUUAUGAUCAUUUUUUAUAGCAACACUUUAUUCCAGAACAUAAUAAUGGAGUAAUAUACUUAAGAUGCUCAAGAAAAGAAAACAUGAGCCAAAAAUUUUAUAUUCAGCCAAAACAACCUAUUAUUCCCAUGAGCCAUUACUGGGGAAUCUACUACAGAAAGAGAUCAGACAACCAAAAUGACUGACACCUAAAUAAGGUCCACUGGUAAACAUUAUAAAUAUAUCAACCUAUGAAACUAAAUGAUGAAACCUAUCACAAUGUACAAAUUCUGUAUGAUUCUACUCAUGUGCAGUAUCAAAGGUCAUCAAACAGAAAGAAGAGAAGUAGUAGCGUGAUGGAGGGGGGUACAAUUAGUUUUAAUGGGUACAGAGUUUCAUUUUUCCUAAGUGAAAAAGUUCUAGAGAUCUGUUGUAAACAAUGUGAGCAUGUUUCACAUUGCUGAAAUAAGUGCUCCUCGACUUAUAAUGGGAUUACAUCCCAACAAACCCAUCUUAGUUAACAAUAUUGUAAGUUAAAAAUGCAUUUAAUGCAUGUAAUCUACCAAACAUCAUAACUUAGCUUAUCAGGUUUCUACUAAAUUGAGUAGAAACCCACUUUCACUCCACUGUAAAGUUGAAAAAUCUUAAGUUGAACCAUCUUAAGGGGGGGGACUGACUCUACUUGAAAGUGGGUCAGUUUUGCAUGAUGAGAUGAUAAAAUGUUAUGUAUUUUUUACCACAAUAAAAAACAAUAGUUAUAAGGGCUGUAAGUAAUAGAAUACACCUAUCAAAAAUGUGGGAUGAAUGCCCUGGCUGGUGUGGCUCAGUGGAUUGAGUGCCAGCCUGUGAACCAAAAGGUUGUCAGUUCAGUUCCCAGUUGGGGCACAUGUGGGCCAGAUCCCCAGUGAGAGUCGUGAGAGAGGCAACUGAUAGAUGUUUGCUCCCUCUUUCUCCCUC